UUAAAAGUUAAACUAAAUGAAAGCGAAAUGCACAAUCGCAUUUUAGAGACAGAACUUAAUAACAUUCGACGUCGAAAUUCAGAACUCUUAAAUGAUAUAGCAGUGCUCCAGAAAUCUUGCGCUCGUAGCCAGCCUGAAGCUUUUGAGAAUUCAAGCAACGAGAAAAAAUCAUUUUCGGCUCAAGAACGCGAGUCUUUGAUUGCUCAACUAGAACUCAAAACCAUGGAGUGUGUGCGGCUGAAACGUGAUCUGGAAAUUUGUAACGACGAGAAACAGGAACUGCUUUUAGAGCUUAAUGUCAGGAAGGAGUCUUUGCUGCUUGAUUCCUUUGACAAGUCGGCCGAAGGAGAUGUAGAAUCGAUCCUACGUGAGAAUAAGGUCCUCUCCCGUCAAGUUAUCAAGCUUGAGGCCGAAAAACGCCUGCUUGCCCAAUCUCUUGCCAAAUACAACGUAUGUGAAAGUGUGAAAUGUUGA